ACAAAGAAAACAUUAUCUCUACAGUAAAGAAUAAUGGUAUGAAAAAGCUACAAAGCAUUUAUUACUCUCAAGUUUUGAUCAACAUCUUGAUUAUUACAACUUACAAGACUAGCCAAGAAUGGCUGAUGAGGUGAUUCUUUUAGAUUUCUGGCCAAGUGGAUUCGGUGUAAGAGCGAGGAUCGCACUAAGAGAGAAAGGAGUCGAGUUUGAGUACAGAGAAGAGAUUCUGAGGGACAAGAGCCCUUUGCUACUCCAAAUGAAUCCUGUUCACAAGAAGAUUCCGGUUCUCAUCCAUAACGGUUUACCGGUUUGUGAAUCCAUGAACAUAGUCCAGUACAUAGACGAGGUCUGGUCCGACAAGAACCCAUUACUCCCUUCAAAUCCUUACCAAAGAGCUCAAGCCAGGUUCUGGGUUGAUUUCAUCGAUACCAAGGUUUUCGAGCCAGCGGAUAAGAUAUGGUCAACAAAAGGAGAGGUACAAGAGAAGGCCAAGAAAGAGUAUAUUGAAGCACUCAAGAUUCUUGAAUCUGAGCUUGGAGACAAGCCCUUCUUUGGAGGAGAUAUCUUUGGUUUCGUAGACAUUUCCAUGACUGGUUAUUACAUGUGGUUCGAAGCAUUUGAGAAAUGCGGUAACUUCAGCAUUGAACCAGAGUGUCCAACACUUAUGGCUUCAGCCAAGAGGUGUUUGCAGAGAGACAGCGUGGUUAAAUCUGUCCCUGACCCUGAGAAGAUCGUUGAGUUCGCCUUUAAGAUUCGCAAGAUAUAUUGUGUCUGAAAUGCUUUUUUUAGUUUUCACCUUUGGUUUGUGAAUUGAUUCCAUCUCACGUUCUGUGUUCUAUGUUUAGUUUCUGUUUAUGUCUUUGUCAGUUUUGAAUAAUAUUCACAUUCUUCUCGCUUAAGAAUAGGGUUCCUCAGUCUAAACGCGGUUCAUUUGUUCUUCUCUAUUAUAAAAAAAGUUGGAAAAGAAACAGUUUAUGCAAUGUGAUGUAACAGAUAAU